UGGGAACGUCGUCACGCAAAAGGAAAUGACCGGGUUUGCUUGGUCAGAGUGGGCUUUGUUGGUUGACAGUAAUCUUGCUAUGGCUGCAAAGGGACAAAAGAGGGCUGAUCCUACUGAGCUGAAAGCUAUUUUCUUAAAGUAUGCCAGCAUCCAGAAGAACGAUGAGGCCUUCAUGUCUCCGGAGGACUUUGUGGCCCGGUUUCUCCAUGCACACACUGACAUCAGGCUAUCUGACGAGGCCACCUCACUGCUGGCUGGGGUGGUGGACCAGAAGAAAGAUGGGUUGAUCUCCUUCCAGGAAUUUGUGGCCUUUGAGUCGGUGCUGUGUGCUCCAGAUGCUCUCUACAUGGUCGCCUUCCUGCUGUUCGACAAGACGGGCAAAGGAGCAGCCACCUACGAGGACGUAAAGCAGGUCUUCAGCCAGACCACCAACCAUCAGCACAUCCCCUUUAACUGGGACUCUGAGUUCAUGCGGCUGCACUUUGGCAUGGAGAGGACCAAGCACCUCAGCUAUGGAGAGUUCACCCAGUUCCUCCUGGAGAUGCAGCUGGAGCAUGCACGGCAGGCCUUUGUUCAGAGGGACAAGGCCCACAGUGGCUCCAUCUCCGCCCUAGACUUCAGGGACAUCAUGGUCACCAUCCGGCCCCACAUGCUCACACCCUUUGUGGAGGAGAGCCUGGUGGCGGUGGCCGGGGGCAGUACAUCUCACCAGGUCAGUUUCUCCUACUUUAACGGCUUCAACUCUCUCCUCAACAACAUGGAUCUCAUUAGGAAGAUCUACACCACACUGGCUGGGAGCAGUAGAGUCCUGGAAGUCACUAAAGAGGAGUUCAUCAUUGCGGCCCAGAGGUUUGGUCAGGUUACUCCGAUGGAGGUGGACAUCCUGUUCCAACUGGCCGACCUGUCUGAGUCCCGGGGCCGUGUUGGUCUGGUGGACAUUGACAGGAUUGCUCCACUGGAGGAGGGGGCCCUCCCAUACAACCUGGCCGAGGUCCAGAGACAGCUGUCCGGUGGGGACCCGUCCCGAUCUGUUCUCAUCCAGGUAGCAGAGUCCGCCUACAGGUUCGGCCUCGGCUCCAUCGCUGGCGCUGUGGGAGCCACAGCAGUUUAUCCUAUAGACCUAGUGAAGACCAGGAUGCAGAACCAGAGGACCACAGGCUCCCUGGUGGAAGAGCUCAUGUACAAGAACAGCUUUGACUGCUUUAAGAAGGUGGUGCGCUAUGAAGGCUUCUUCGGCCUCUAUAGAGGUCUGGUACCACAGCUACUGGGUGUGGCCCCGGAGAAAGCCAUAAAGCUGACAGUGAAUGACUUUAUCAGAGGGAAGACCAGACAGACAGAUGGAUCAAUCCCAGUACCUGCUGAGAUCCUAGCUGGUGCAUGUGCGGGUGGAUCCCAGGUGAUCUUCACCAAUCCUCUGGAGAUCGUGAAGAUCCGCCUGCAGGUGGCUGGAGAGAUCACCACCGGCCCCCGCGUCAGCGCCAUAUCUGUCAUCAAGGACCUGGGCUUCUUUGGCCUCUACAAGGGAGCCAAAGCCUGUUUCCUGCGAGACAUCCCCUUCUCAGCCAUCUACUUCCCUUGCUAUGCGCACGUCAAGGCCUACAUGAGUGAUGAGGAUGGGAGGAUUGGACCAGGCAAGCUGCUGUUCUCAGGGGCCAUAGCGGGCAUGCCCGCGGCCUCCCUGGUGACCCCGGCCGAUGUUAUCAAGACCAGGCUACAAGUGGCGGCCCGUGCCGGCCAGACCACGUACAACGGUCUCGCUGACUGCUUCUGGAAGAUUCUGAAGGAGGAGGGACCACGAGCAUUCUGGAAAGGAGCGGGAGCCCGAGUGUUCCGGUCCUCGCCCCAGUUUGGGGUCACCCUGGUGACCUAUGAACUCCUGCAGAGGUGGUUCUACAUUGACUUUGGCGGACAAAAGCCAUCUGGCUCGGAGCCGACUCCCAAGUCUCGGAUCAGCCUGCCGGCGCCCAGCCCCGACCACAUCGGAGGUUUCAGGUUGGCCAUGGCCACAUUCGCUGGCAUCGAGAGCAAAUUUGGACUCCACCUCCCAAGAUACAACGUACAAGUAACCCCCCCAUCCAAGGAGGACACCCCUUGAAUUGAAACCCCUCUGCCCACCCAUAGGGGGCAGAAUAGAGCACACGUGCAAUCGUUACAUCCUCUCCCUCCCACCCCCGCCCAGUCGAGCACUUGGAAUAUUCCAGCCGAAAGAGAAGUACAUUCUGAGUAGUAUGAUUUGCCUCUCUAGGCUUUAAAGAGAAGGAAUGUAUCUAUGUUUUAGUUUAUAUUAUUUUUUCUUUUUAAACCUAUUAUGAUCUUCUUGAAACUACCUUUAUACGUCAUGGUCUAGAAAUACAAAUAAGUUGGUUUAGCUUCUGUUUUAGUCUCAGCUACCCGUAAAGAUGACUUUUUAAGUCAGUCUUAUUGUGAAGAUCAAGCAAUAUCUACAGUACUGACAAUGUGUGUCUAGAGUAGUGUUGUUAUAGUUUGUCUUUUCAUACAGUAAUAUGCACAGUAGUGGAGGGGCUGGCCAUGUCUUGAAUUAGACCUGGCUGCUUCCUUUCAUUACAUCAUCACUAAGGCCGGGACUCAUUCAAAAGUGCAUUGUCAACAAGUGCGUUGCACUUGCUUUUAAAGGUAAUUUACACUUGAGCCGACAUGUACCGCAUUUACCAUGAAUGCGAUCUCUGCGAACAUCCGGUAAAUUGCCUUUAAAAGACACAUUGUUGACAGUGCAAUGUGCUUGUCGACAACGCGCAUUUGAUUGAAUCUCGGCCUAACCAUCACUUUAUAUUAUGGUGCUUUUACUGUCUUCCACCUGAGAGUCUGAUAGAUACCCAACAGAAUGAGCCCUAUCCGCAGGAACUCUGUCAAUUGGACAUGUUUUUAUUUCCAUGUUAAAUGUGAUUUUAACGACGGGGAGAGUGGCACAAGCUCUCACAUCCGAAUAACGGUUCUACUGUACAUAUGAGAACGGAACAGAGAGACAUAUUUUCAUAUCGAUACAGUUCACCGAGUCGCUUUUUGGAUACUGAGAAGGAACACUAAUAAUCUUGAUCAUUAACAUUUUAUUUCGAGAAAACAGAAAAGAUCGACCAAACAAAACGCUUGAAUGUAAUAUACUGUUCAGUGUUACCACUACUUGCACAAGGUCUUACUACUACUAUGGUAUUGUAGUGGACUGUCUGUUAUCCUAAAUUGAGUUGUCUCAGUCAGAUCAAACUGGGCUGUGUGUUGUAUAAAUGUCUAUUUAAAGAAUCAGGGUACAGCAGAGCAGGCGGAGAGAGUAGAGAGAUGUGGCGUGUUCCAGAAAGCAGGAUUAUAAAGUUAUCCAGUUAACUGAUAAACAACCACAUUUUAUUUUCGGGUUGAAUAAGAACGCUACAUUUGUAUACUGGAUGUUGUUGUCGAGUCAAUUAUAUCUUGCCAAUUUUAAGGGCUCGAUUCAAUCCGUAUCACGGAAGUUCAGCUUUAUAGCGCGAUUGACAAUUAAAGGCAAUGUUCUCGCGGUCGCAGACUGCAUUCACCGUAAACGCUGCGCAUGUCAGCCCUAUCGGAAAUGACCUUUACAUUUCUAGCGCGCAAUCUGUAACGCUUCAUCGAUACAGAUUGAAUAGAGCCCUAAGUCUAUAUUUCUAUAUUUCUAUUUCUAUAAAUAUCUAAUUAUUUUAAGCAAUGUUGGACAGUUAGCUGGCUAACUCAUUUAUCCAGCUUUCUGAAACAGACCCAUGGUGUCACUGACUAACGGUAGUAGCUGCAUGGUGUUGACCAUAUUUCUGGAACAGCCUCAUGGUGUCACGAAAGACGUCGGUAUUGGUGUAGAAUAUGGUGUGUGAUAAUUGUGCCUUACUGUAUGUAUGGCAGCAAUAUGUAUAUGUACUAAUGAAAUUAAAGAGAAACAUCUAAUGUUAGUGAACAAAGUGUGUGUGCAUGUGUUCUUUGACAAGGUGGUAUGUUGUGG